AUGUCUGGUUUUAAGAAUACUUUCAUGAACUAUUCCAGUAGUCCCCAGCCAUCAAAACUAGUUGGCAAAAGUGAAUCCGAAUUACGCGAAUGGAUAAUUUGGUCGUCACUAGUCCUCUUCUUCAUAUUCUUCGGUUUGCUGUUAACAUUCGUGAGGAGAAAAGCCAAUAAAAUUGCAAAGGAUAUGGAAAAACAUGAAACAACAGAUCAUCUAUCUCAAUCUCCCUGUUCUAAACCCACUACUCCAACACCGCCGCCGACGCCGCCCAAGGAGGUGGUGAUAAUAAACGCAUCGGAGGGGCAAUCGGAGCUAGUGUUCUUCGUGGAAGAAGAGAAGAGGUUUAGAUUGGAAGAUCUUUUGGAGGCUGCUGCGGAUUUACAGAGCCAGACUUUGUGUAGUAGCCUUUAUAAGGUGAACCUUGAGAAGAAUGGUUCGGUUUUUGCAGUUAAGAGGUUGAAGAAAUUGCAGGUUUCUUUUGAGGAAUUUGGGUUGACCAUGAGGGAGAUAGGGAAUUUGAAGCAUCCAAAUCUUCUCCCACUUGUGGGUUUUAAUUCUACUAUGGAGGAGAAGCUUCUCAUCUAUUGGUACCAAUCUAAUGGAAGCUUGCUCACCUUACUUGAAAAUAAUGUAGAGGGAAAGAAGGAGUUCACAUGGAAACAUAGGAUUUCCAUAGCACUUGGGAUUGCAAAAGGCUUGAAUUUCAUACACCAUCUACCAGUUAUUACCACAAACAACACAUAUCAAAUGAACCAUGCACAUGGUAACCUUAAGCCUUCAAAUAUUCUCCUAGACGAAAAUGAAUUGCCACUAAUAAGCGACUACGGCUAUGUACAAUUCAUGGAUAACAAGAAUGUCUGCAAUUUCCUUCCUUCAAAUGGCUACAUGGCCCCGGAGAAAGCUCUUUCGGAGCAAGCAGACGUCUACAGCUUCGGCGUGAUGCUGUUGGAAUUGAUGACGGGGAAAUUGGUGGAGAAAACGGGGUUGGACCUAACCAAAUGGGUGAAGUCUAUGAUUAGGGAGGAAUGGACGGCUGAGGUUUUCGACAAGAGAUUGGGGAAAGUUGGGAUGUAUGCAUUUCCGUUGCUCAACAUUUCCUUGAAAUGUGUCUCGCAUUUUCCCGAGAACAGGCCAGGAAUAGGCGAGGUUCUUGAAAAAAUCGAGCACAUUGCAAAUAUGCCCGAGGCUGAGGCAUCUCCAGAUGUUUCUAUGGAUUCACAUUACGAAGACAGUUUUGAACAUUCGGAAACAUGGGAAACUCCGGAACUAGGUAAAAAUGGUAGCAUGUGAUUUCGUUGAGCUUUAUUUGUUCCAUUGGAACAUUUGACAAUUCAGAAUUGUAAGACUAGCUAGCUCUAAGUAA